AUGCCUAUGCCCUCAGUGGGUGCAGGCUUUACCCAACAGGAAGCGGUGUUCCAACAUCCAGCGAGUGGCAACCAGCCUCCAGAUAGACUGCUCGCGGCGGACGACAAUGACAUUGCACAGGGAUCAGCGUCCCAGCUAUAUGAGUGUCUCAGAGGGAAUGGAUGUGCUUUACCGAAUAGUCGGGUGACUGAGGCACUGGAGAUGGCCAGAAACAUAACUCGGACAGUAUGGAAUCCAUACCAUGCUGAAGCUCACAACCUCUAUGGCGUACUCAGACAUUCAUCGCGCUAUCCCAUGAGGACAGGCACAAUGGAGGGCCAUCGAGUGGAAGCAGGAAUUGAUGAUCCCGCUGCGACCGGCGCCCCGGGUGGCCCCGGUGACUCUGAUCCCAAUGCCAGAAGACGCUUACUGGCAGACGGCAAAUUGACGCGCGCAAUCCCAGUGAGCUGCUGGAUGGCUGUCAAUGGAAAGUGGCAAACCAUUACAGAGAAAGAGCCCCGUGGCUAUGUGGCUACGCUUCGUGCUCCUGACUUCCACUCCAAAUGCGGCCUGCACUUCACACCACACGAACAAGCAAUCCAAAGACAUAUAGGAGUCUGCUUAACUGCCACACUCGACUAUAGAGUACGUGGGUACGCUGCGUACUCCCAAGGCGGUUCACUCCAGAACACAACAACAAUCCAACAACACAAAGCAGUCAGAGUUCCUGCUACGAGUAACUAUAUAGCACUGAUUGGAUUUCCAAAUUUCGAACAUCUCCAUCAAAGGCCACAAUCCACCUAUGAUGUGGUCGGCCAAGGCAUAAGCGACAAGGCAAUAUCCAAGGAAAUGAAGCCGCAUCACGAUUUGCGUGCCAAUCCCAGCGUCUCAAGCAAUGGCACAUCCUUGUUUUUGAAUACUCCAUCCGGAUACAAACAACGAUAUGCAUCGGCCACUGUCGAUGUCGGAACGAGGACACGUUUAUCUCAUAGAACAUGGCAAGAGCAAUCCUGA